GCUGCACCAUACCAAUGUUUGAUGACAAACUAGCUUAGUCUAACUUACACGUCUACACAGUCAAGAUCAAGAUGGGUUUUCAAGCUUUACGAUUGUUAUUUCUUGUGAAUAUCUUUAUGACCUGGCAUGUAGAUUAUUGCCAUGGAAGAAGAGAGUGGCAUGACAAUUUCUACGAUUUUACAGUGAAAAACAUCGAAGGGAAGCGGGUUCGCCUGGAAAAGUACCGUGGCACGCCAUCUCUUGUUGUGAAUGUAGCCAGUGACUGCGGCUACACCGACAGGACCUACCGCGACCUUGUGGACCUCAGCAAGGACCCACAGUUCGAAGAUCGUCUCAACAUCCUGGCGUUUCCGUGUAACCAAUUUGGCCACCAGGAACCACAAUCCAAUGAGGAGAUUAAACACUACGUCAAAGCCUUGUACGAUGUUGAAUUCCCUCUCUUUGCCAAAGUAGAAGUCAAAGGAUACGAUGCGGAUCCAGCCUGGCAAUACCUUACAUCAAAUGCUCAUCAAGAGCCAACCUGGAAUUUCUGGAAGUUCUUGGUCGAUUCAGAAGGGAAGGUUAAAGAUGCCUGGGGUCCAGACGUUCCUAUCCACAGCAUCUACGGGGAGCUGCUCACCGAAGCACUCAUGGCCGACCCCUACCACUACCACCACGCCCACUUUGAUGAUGAGUUCUGAGCAGGAGGCGGAGUCUAUGAAAGAAUAAGAGGAUGAACGAGAGGAUAAGAGGAUGAUGAAGAUCUACGGCUUCUUCUUUCGCUCGUUCGUCUGCACUUGUUCCUCUGGUUCGAUAUAAAUGUGCAAAUGUUGGUAUUGUGUACAUGGGGAACACUGGUGGUACGUUGUCUGCAUUCGUUUUUUGGUUGAUUAGGACAGUGAAAGGAUGAAAUGAAAAAGAAAUAUACAUUUUUGUAAGAGAAAUACUGAAAUGGAGAAAGAAAGUUGUCCUGUAUUCACAGGCACGAGUCAACACAUGUUGAGCAAUCAUUUAAGGCACCCGAAAGUCACAAUUUUCCAAGCCUACCAUGCUUUUGUUUCAUCGAGAAUGAUUACUUCUUCAUGAUUCAUGUAAGUCAGGAUAAGUA